AACUUCUGUACUUCUUUACUUGUUACAUCAGUCAAAGAACUCUCUCUUACACAUUCAAUGCCUUCUCUUUCUUGAAGUUACUUAUCUUUCAGCUGAAACAAAAACCAUUAUCCACAUAUUUAGUGCAACAAUGACAAACUUUUGAUCCAUAUCUUCUUUUUUUAAUUAGCCCUUAUCUUUCUUUUCCUGAGCUGUUUUAAUUUUCAACCUUAAUUCUGAUUCUUCAAUUUAAUACUGAUCCAAAAGUCUUCUAAGGCAAAGAGGGGAAGAUGGGGAGACUAUUUGUGUUGACACUUGAAGGCAAGAUCUAUAGCUGCAAGCACUGUGGAACCCAUCUUGCUCUUUCUGAAAGCAUCGUUUCUAAGUCUUUCCACUGCCGACAUGGGAAGGCUUAUCUCUUCAGUAAGGUAGUGAAUGUUACUUCUGGCGAGAUAGAGAAUAGAAUGAUGAUGACUGGUAUGCACACUGUGGCCGACAUUUUCUGUGUCUGUUGUGGGUCAAUUGUUGGAUGGAAAUAUGAGACCGCCCAUGAGAAGAGCCAAAAGUACAAAGAAGGAAAAUCCGUCCUUGAGCGGUUUAAGAUUUCUGGCCCUGAUGGAAGCCAUUACUGGGCCAGUCAUGAAACUCAUGUUGCAGGAAGUGAUGCUGAUGAUGUUUGAUCACCUCACCAUCAGAUAAAUAAUUCUAUCCCAAAUGUACAUUCUUUAACCCACCACCCCAUUAUAUUGGAUUCUUGAAUUGCUUGCUCACUCAGCAGCUUCUUCUAGCCUGACCUCUAUCAUGUAUAAUAAUGUGGAAGCAACCAUAUAUUGUUGCAACCUAACAUGACCAUCUCCCUAUAUUUGUUUGUAAUGACAGUCUUUACUAUACUAGCAAUGACUUCCGGUUUCGUUGCUUCAUUC